AGCCAUGGUUGAGUUAUGUCAAUUCGUGGUUAAAGAAAAAAUUGACUUGGCCCUGUUACAAGAGCCAUACGUCGCUCAGGGACGAGUGGCGGGCAUGGGUAGUCUGGGAGGAGAAACCAUAUACCACUAUGACGAGUUUUACAGAGAUCUUGUGGCGGUGGAAAUUAAUACGCCUCUCGAUGAUGGAAAAAAGGAAAGAGUGGCCUUCAUCUCCGCUUAUAUUCCAAGCGAGACCGACUUCAUACCGCCAACAAGAGAACUUGAAGAAACUGUAAUCAAAUACAGAGGUAAGGAAACUCCUAUUAUUAUUGGGUGCGAUGCUAACUCACAUCACUUGGCGUGGGGUAGUACUAACACUAAUGCUAAGGGAGAGGAACUCUUGGAGUUUAUAGUAAGUACUGGUCUCGAGAUCGUGAACAUAGGUAACACCAGUACUUUCGUUACAAGAACAAGGAAGGAAGUAUUAGACAUUACAUUAGCGACCAAUGAUAUGACCAAAUACGUUAAACAGUGGAAGGUUGAUCUAGAGGAAUCGUUCUCGGACCAUCGAAGGAUUACUUUUCAAGUAAAUACUGAGGUGGAAAGAGUAUUAGUAAGAAACGCUAGGAAAACGGACUGGGUAGCCUUUGCCUCAACGUUAGGUAGCUGGGUACCUCGUCGCAUGACCUACAAAAGCGUAGCAGAAUUAGAAGAAGGAGCAAAGGAACUAGAGUUAAUAUUGGUGAAAGCUUACAAAGCCGCUUGUCCACCAAGAGAGAUAAAACUAGGGAAAGGUCAACCCUGGUGGAACAAAGAUUUAAGAAAGGCUAGGAAGACAGCACGCAAAGCUCUUAGAGUUGCUCUCAAAAGAGAUGAUGAUGCAAGCUGGAUAGAAUACAGAAGUAUAAGAACUGCAUUCCGGAAUGAAUGCAGAAAAGAGGAGAGAAAAGGCUGGCACUCUUACUGCGAGAGUAUCACUGAAUAUCCAGAAGCUGCCCGUCUGGUGAGGGUGCUAGCCAAGGAUAGAACUUGUAGACUAGGAAGUAUAAAACACAAUGAUGAACUAGUAUCUGAUCCCAAACUGGUACUGGAUAUAAUGAUGAAAACACAUUUUCCAGACUGCCAGAUAACAGAUCACGAAGAAAAUACGCUUCCAAAUACUAAUUUAAACUGGUCGGAAGCUGGAGAUAUCAUCACCACAGAACAUCUAGAAUGGAGCAUCAACUCAUUUGCUCCUUAUAAAGCAGCAGGACCGGAUGGUAUCUUCCCGAAAAUGCUGCAGGUAGCAUUCAAGUACAUACGAGAUACAUUAAUAGCGUUAUUUAGAGCAAGUCUGGCUAGCGGUUAUCUGCCGUUAAACUGGCGCAAAGUUAAAGCGGUAUUCAUUCCGAAACCAGCAAAGACAACAUACCAAGAGACGAAAUCCCAUCGAUGCAUAAGCCUGUCGUCUUUCUUAUUAAAAGCACUGGAAAAAAUCAUUGAUGGGUACAUUAGAUCAAAAGUUACCUUGAGCACCUGGCCACUACACAACAAUCAACAUGCCUACAUGGCGGGCAAAUCAACAGAAACGGCCUUACACAAUCUAGUGGUUAGGAUAGAAAGGUCUAUCAACUACAAAGAAUUUGCACUGGGAUGUUUCUUCGAUGUAGAAGGGGCAUUCGAUAGAGCAAACCGAAGAGCAAUAGAGUUCGCACUUAACCGCGACGGGAUAGACGAUAUAGUAAAAAGCUGGAUCAUGAACAUGCUAACACAUAGACUGAUUUCAGCAGAUUUAGGAGGAGAGACUCAAACUGUAAGAUCUACCAGAGGAUUUCCUCAAGGAGGCUGUCUAUCGCCUUUGCUAUGGUGCCUCCUAUUAGAUUCAUUAAUAGUUAAGAUCAAUGAUAUGAGAAUUUAUAUGCAGGCCUACUCUGACGAUGGCGUACUCCUAGUCACGGGCAGAGAUCUGCAUACCGUAAGAAACAUAAUGUGCAAAGGCAUAAAAAAUACACUGGCUUGGUGUCGAGAAAAAGGUCUUAACCUCAACCCCUCCAAGACCAAACUAGUGCUGUUUACUAGACGCAGAAAGGCACACCUGAUACCUAUUACAAUUGAAGGUGUCAAGCUAGAAAUUACAAAAGAAAUCAAAUAUCUGGGGGUUAUUUUAGACCAUACCCUAAGAUUUAGAACUCAUAUCCAAGUGCAGUGUGCUAAAGCCAAACUAACUCUAAUGCAAUGUAGAAGGGCUGUGGGCAGAACCUGGGGUAUGAAGCCAAAAGUAAUAAAAUGGAUAUAUACAGCUAUCAUUCUUCCUAGAGUUCUGUAUGGAGCUACUGUUUGGUGGCAUAGAGCUGCAAUAAAGUCAAACAGCAAAGAACUAACUAAGGUACAAAGGUUGGCGUCCUUGAUGAUCUCAGGUGCUAUUAGGACAACACCCUCUGCAGCGCUGGAGGUCCUUUUGGGACUAUAUCCCUUGGACCUAAGAGCUAAAAAGAAUGCAUUAGAACAAUGGUAUAGAAUGAAAGUGUCCAAACAGUGGAAAGGUAAUUUCAUGGACAAAGGACACACAGAUAUAGAUAAAGUUUACGGAGAUAAACUGUCAAUGAUAGUCAACAACAAUGACCUUAUCAAGAGACAGCGCAUCUUCGAUAAGAAAUAUAGAGUACAUAUAGGAUCAAAAGAUACAUGGCAGUUAGAAACCGCCCAUGAAUGCAGCAUAGUGUGUUACACAGAUGGAUCAAGGCGGGAAUCCACAAAGCUCAGUGGUGCUGGAGUUUUCUACAGCACCAUUCCAAACAAGGACCAGGCAAUCAGUCUAGGCAAAUUUGCAAGCGUCUUCCAAGCAGAGACAUACGCCAUUAUGGUUUGUGCCUUCGAUUUGAUGGACUUAGCAGAUAUAGAAACCAAAGAAAUUGUUAUAUAUAGUGAUAGUCAAGCUGCACUAAAAGCGCUUAAAAGAAAUGAUACCACAUCAGCCCUAGUAAGAGAGUGUAAGAACAUAUUGAACUCUCUGGCUGAAAGGACUAAAGUGACCAUUGCCUGGGUUCCUGGACAUCAAGGGAACUACGGCAAUGAAAAAGCAGAUGAACUAGCCAGGAUGGGAGCAGGUCUCGAGUUCCUAGGGCCGGAGCCCUGCCUACCCAUACCAUACUCAAUAAUAAAGAGGGUUAUUGAAGGAAUCAUAGAAAGAGAAUCGAAUACACGAUGGAAUAGCUCGACUAAAUGCAGACAGUCAAAAAUGUUCCUCAAGUCAUUCGACAAGAAGAAAACAACACAACUACUGUUACAAAGCAGACCCAACAUAGCACUGGUAGCAGGCAUGACAACUGGACAUUGUCUGCUCAAUAGACACUUGAAGAUAAUGAAAAUCGUAGAAGAUUCAUCAUGUCCAGGUUGUGAUGAGGAGGAGACCAGCUAUCACUUUAUAGCUGAGUGUCCCAUGUUCGCGCUGGUAAGAUGGGAGUUACUAGGUAAGGAUACAUUAAAUGAAGUAGACCUGACAGAUCUCAGUAUAGGGGAUAUUGUUAGGUUCACGAAGGCUACAGGAAGAUUUGAGGGGGGAACACUGUCGAGACACCAGUGAACCUGUGUCCUUUUACCACGGGAAUUGGGUGGAAUGGUCCAUAAUUAGGACUGAUCACCCGUCUGGCCUCGUCAGACGUCCCCUCUAUAAGUAUAUAGAUAGAGAGAAA